GAUGGCGGCAACCGGGAAAUGAUUUGUAACGCGAGGAAAAAGCAAAACAAAAAAAGUUCAGAGUUAAACAACAACAACAACGGAAUAUUUAACUUUAACAUGCAUGUGUGUUAAUGACAUGUAAUGACGCAUGUGUCGUACGCAAGGAACCAAAUAAAGCUGGACGGGAAUGACUUCUAUUGAUGCCCCGUAAAGCCUCAAACACAGGGAAGCCUCCAUUGCUGUUUCUGGAGCGACCACUGAAAGGAGCCAGACUCCAAAAUGUGCCGGAUGUGCGAGCAGCUCUUGAACCCAAAGAGUUCUUCACAGAGACUCGAGCACAGAGCAGCUCCACUCUUAAUUCGUGGGUAAACCCACAAUUUGACCCAUCACUCGUGGCUGCACCUCCAGCAAGAAGAGGGAGGAGGAAAUGUCAGUCUACCACGAGCAUCCUUGACCGUUGCAGUCAGCUGUCCAGGAAAAGCAGUGUGUGCAAAUUCCCCUCAUUAUCGUUCCAGACGAGGUCAAGAGACCAUCAACCGAAGAGCACACGUGCAAAGAAAGCCACAGAUUCGGCUGCUGUGCCUGAUGAGGGAAAUCAGCCACACAGAUCAUGCCGAAUCAAAAAGGCGGUUUCAAAUGCACAGCACGUACAGACGCCAAAGAGACAGUUGGCCUCAAUUAGGAAAAAGAAGGUGGAGAGAUUUUCUGACAGUGCUGCAUCCUCCAGCAGAUGUGUUGACCAAGCUGAAGCCUCAUCUAUUCGAGGGGAGAAAUGCAGAAUUCCAGCAAAUACUUUAACACCUGACUCCCAUGAGUUUAGCAGUGUCGGUCCACCACCAGAUGUGGACACUCCGACACUAAUACAAGAGGGGAGCAGUCCCUCUUCCCCCUCCUUACACAUGCUAGUGGCUCAAUCAUGUUCACCGCCAAGUAAUCAGCCACCAGACAUUUUGGUGGCAGACACACCAGAGAGGGAUUAUGGGUUGAAGGUGACAUGGAGGAAGCGGAAGGAUCUGAUGUUGAUGUUAAAAACGCGAGGUCUUCUCUCUGAUUCAGAUGUGCUCAUUCACAGCUGAUGUUCAGGUUUGGUGAGAAAAGAAUCAGGCAAUAAUGUCAACAGAGAUGAAACAGCUGUUAUUCACUGGACAAUUUCUGUGAUCAGAAUUCUCUAUGAAGCAUUUUACUGAACUGAAUUGAGCUUCUGCUUCUGAUUGUCACACAUCAGGUUACUGACUGUUUACUGUUUAUUUUGAUUCAAUUCAAUGACAAGCCAAGGAGGUAAUGAUAUAACUGCCUCACCCAUCCUGUCUGUAUAAGAGUCGAAUCGAAUACUGAAUAAAUCAGAUUAUAGGUCUAAUUACUGCAA